UACUCCUAUAGUAGUAUUUAUUUAUUUUAAUAUAUUUUCAAUGAAAAUGACUAAAUUUAGCCGUCAAAAUUUAAUGUUGUAGCUGAAAUAAAGGCCCCUUUUCGGCCAUAGCUUUCACCUGAAUUCAAGCAAUCCUCUUCGGGAACUAAAAAAAACCAAAAAUAAAAAAAAAACAAUCACAAACAACAAUUUCCAAACCUCUAAAAAUAAUUCAAAUCAUUUCUAUAUCUCCCACACAAUUAAUCAAUUCAAAAUUUUGUCGACGCUUAAAAAUCACUAGUGUCACCACCGGCUGCAAAAUUCUUGAAACUUUCCCACUUUUUUUUCCCUCUUAACAAUGGGGAGAAAAAAAUCCGUAGUUUCAUACCUCUGCGGCGUCUUGUUCCGCAAGAAACCGCCGGCGGUGGAGGACGGCGACGACGACGACGAACACGACAUAGAAAAAUCCAUUUCCUCCACCACCAGCUCCGGCGCCGGCGCCGGCCGCGGCGACGGCACUCUCUCGCCGGGGGCCGCCGCGGCCGGGAAGUCAUGCAGCCCCGACGGCAACCGCCGCCGCCAGUCGCUGCCGAUGCCGCCCGGCACCGCCGCCGGAAGCCACCACAUGCGGACCGCCUCCUGCGGCCACAACCUCCAGCACCGGCGCUCGAACUCCGGCGUCUCGAAGCUCGUGUCGAGCAUGAGCCUCCGCGUCAUGGGCGGCGCCGGAGCCGCCGCCGGCGGCGGCGCCGCCGCGCCGGAAAAACCCCGAGUGAGGGAGCGGUCGAGGUACUUCAAACACGAGGAUUCCGUGUGGAAGAAGACGAUCAUCUUAGGGGAGAGGUGUAGGGUUCCCGACGACGACGACGACGACCUCAAUUUGUACGAUGAGAAGGGCAACAAGAUUAUUACCUACCAUCCCAAGUCGCAUAGCGGCUUGUUACAGUAUUCGCGGCAAAACACAUCUUUAGAUCCCGACGACGACGACGAUUAUUUGAGGAAGUUGUAGAUUCAUUGUAAAUAAAAUUUUUGAUGUGUUCAUAAUUUUUUCUUUUUUUUUUUGGUAUUUGGAAUCUUUGGUUGGUGGUUUAUGUGAUAGUUUAAAUUAUCCAGAUAAUCAUCUGUUUAAUUUAAAUUAUUUUGUUGAGUUUAA